CCGGAUUCUCGUGUGGACCUGGGCUGCUCGAAGCCAUAUGCAGUUGUUAGCUCUAGAGCCAGGAGCAGAAUGUUGACACGGUCGACACGGCCAAGGCUGGUACAAAAGGCGUCGCUUGAUAAUGCACUGCCAGGUGAUUUAAUUGUGUCGGAAUGUUCAGAAACAGGUUACAGCACAUAGCCGCCACGGUCCAGAACAAAGCACCGAUAAGCAAAGCAACCAUGGCAACCCUAAACCACACCUCCCAGAAAUUCACCCUUAACACUGGGGCACAGAUUCCCGCAAUAGGGUUGGGAACAUGGAAGUCGCCGCCAGAGCAAGUCCGAAAAGCAGUCAGCCACGCGUUGAAGUACGGAUACCGCCAUAUUGACACGGCUCUCAACUACCAAAAUGAAGCUGAGGUUGGCCAAGGCAUCAGGGAUUCGGGGGUACCCAGAGAGCAGAUCUGGGUGACCACCAAGCUUGACAAUCCAUGGCAUCACAGAGUUCGGGAAGGAUUCGAGAAGUCCCUCCGUGACUUGGGCCUCGAGUACAUCGAUCUGUACUUGGUGCACUUCCCGUGCUCAACCGACCCGAAUGACCCUUCAAAGCACUUGCCAGAUUGGGACUUCGUGAAGACAUGGCAAGAAAUGCAGAAGUUGCUCGACACUGGCAAGGUCCGGAACAUCGGCGUGUCCAACUUCCAGAUCCGUCAUCUCGAGAAACUGCUCAACGACCCCUCCUGCAAAGUCGUUCCUGCGGUGAACCAGAUCGAACUUCACCCAGCCAAUCCAUCUCCCAAGUUGCUCGACUACUGCAAGUCAAAGGGUAUCCACUGCACCGCCUACUCUUGCCUUGGGGGAGCCACAGACAACCCUCUUUACAAGGAGCCGGCUCUGUCUCAAAUUGCCGAAGCCAAGGGCAAGAGCCCAUCUCAGAUCUUGUUGAUGUGGGGUCUGCAAAGAGGCACCAGCAUCAUCCCGAAGAGCGUGACACCUUCGAGGAUAGAGCAAAACUUCCAGUUGGAUGGCUGGGAAUUGACCAAGGACGAAAUGGAAGCCUUGAACGGCAUCCAGACCCGCUUCAAGGUUGUCAAUGAUUCGUGGAUGCCAAUCAAGGUCUUCUUCGGGGACGAUGAAUGAUCGGCUAAAUGCCACAAAAGCUGUAGGGUAACGGCAUCUGAUAGCUGGAAGCCUAGAACAACUGAGAUAGUGGCAAAGCUGCAAGUCGGCCGGGGGUCCGUUAUUCUAGGCACAAACACGAUCCGCCAUUCAGGUGUCACUCCGUCUGCCAACAAAGCGGUCGAGUCAUGAGGAC